CUACCGCCCAUCUCUCUCUAUCACCCAACGUAUUCUAUCUCCAUCUCUCAUCCUCCUCUCUCCCUGCCCCGCCGAGCCCCUCCAAGAGAGCCCCGCCCCUCACGCCCUCCUCACCACACUCCCCCGCCAAAAUCCACCCCCGAGGGUCAUAGUCCACCAUGUCUUCGGCCACUCCCAACGGGGCUGCCGUGAAUGGCCACACCGAUAAAUACGAUCACUCCAACGUCGCCCAGUUCAUCGGCGCGAACAGCGUUGAAACUGCUCCUUCAGGACGGGUCACAGACUUUGUCAAGGCCCAGAAGGGUCACACUGUUAUCACCAAGGUCUUGAUUGCCAACAACGGUAUCGCCGCCGUCAAGGAAAUCAGGUCUAUCCGAAAAUGGUCCUACGAGACCUUUGGCGAUGAGCGCAAGAUCGAGUUCACCGUCAUGGCUACCCCCGAAGACUUGCGAAUCAACGCCGAGUACAUUCGAAUGGCCGACAGAUAUGUCGAGGUGCCGGGGGGUUCCAACAACAACAAUUAUGCCAACGUCGACUUUAUUGUCGAUGUCGCCGAGCGAGCGGGUGUCCACGCCGUCUGGGCUGGUUGGGGUCAUGCCUCUGAAAACCCUCGUCUUCCCGAGACUCUUGCCAAAUCCAAGAUCAUCUUUAUCGGUCCUCCCGGCUCCGCUAUGCGAUCUCUCGGUGACAAGAUUUCUUCUACAAUUGUUGCUCAGCACGCCGAAGUGCCCUGUAUGCCCUGGUCCGGUACCGGCAUUUCCGACACCAUGCUCUCCCCUCAAGGGUUCGUGACCGUCCCCGACAAGGCUUACGAGGAUGCGUGUGUCCACUCUUGGGACCAGGGUCUUGAGAAGGCAGAGUCGAUUGGAUGGCCCGUCAUGAUCAAGGCUAGUGAAGGUGGUGGUGGAAAGGGUAUCCGAAUGGUGGAUGACCCAGAAAAGUUCAAGAAUGCGUUCCAGGCGGUUGCGGGAGAAGUUCCUGGCUCGCCCAUCUUCAUCAUGAAGCUCGCUGGCUCUGCCCGACAUCUCGAGGUCCAGCUCAUUGCCGACCAGUACGGCAACGCAAUCUCCCUUUUCGGUCGAGACUGUUCCGUCCAACGUCGACACCAAAAGAUUAUCGAAGAGGCUCCUGUCACUAUUGCCAGGCCUGAGAAGUUCGAAGAGAUGGAGAAGGCCGCUGUCCGACUCGCCAAAUUGGUCGGUUACGUCUCUGCCGGUACCGUCGAGUACCUCUACUCUCACCAGGACGACAAGUUCUACUUCCUCGAAUUGAACCCCCGUCUCCAAGUAGAGCACCCCACCACUGAAAUGGUCAGUGGAUGCAACAUUCCCGCUGUCCAGCUCCAGAUUGCUAUGGGCAUCCCUCUCCACCGAAUCCGCGACAUCCGUACCCUGUACGGCAUGGACCCUCACGGUAUCACCGACAUUGACUUUGACGGCGACAAGCCCGAGUCUGUCAACACCCAGCGCAAGCCCAAGCCCAAGGGUCACGUUAUCGCCUGUCGUAUCACUGGUGAAAACCCCGAUGCUGGUUUCAAGCCCUCCUCUGGUGCUCUUACCGAGCUCAACUUCCGUUCCAACUCGAACGUCUGGGGUUACUUUUCCGUCUCUUCUGCGGGUGGUCUCCACGAGUAUGCCGACUCUCAGUUCGGUCACAUCUUUGCGUACGGUAUGGAGAGAAGCGAGGCGCGAAAGUCCAUGGUCGUUGCUCUCAAGGAAUUGAGUAUUCGAGGUGAAUUCAGGACUACCGUCGAGUACCUCAUCAAAUUGCUCGAGAAGCCCGAGUUCGAAAACAACACCCUCACCACUCAGUGGCUUGAUGGUCUUAUUGCCGAGGGUAUGACCUCUGAGCGUCCCGACCCUACCGUCGCUGUCGUCUGCGGUGCUGUCGUCAAGGCCUACCUCGCCUUUGAGGCCUCCAUCUCCAAGUACAGGUCCGUCCUCGAGAAGGGUCAGGUCCCUCCCAAGGACUCUCUCCAGACCUUCUUCAAGAGCGAGUUCAUCUACGAAAAUGUGCGAUACUCGUUCGCCAUGGCCAAGUCUUCCGAGUACUCUUUCACGCUCUACCUCAACGGUAGCCCCAUCUUUGUCGGCUGCCGAGGUUUGAGCGACGGUGGUCUUUUGAUCUCUCUCGAGGGUGCUUCCCACACCGUCUACUACCGUGAAGAGGUGGGCGCUAUGGUGCUUUCCGUCGACUCCAAGACUACCGUUAUCGAGGACGAGCAGGACCCCACUCAGCUCCGAAGCCCUUCGCCCGGUAAACUCGUGCGAUACCUCAUCGACUCUGGUGACCACGUCGACGCUGGGGAGGCUUAUGCCGAGAUUGAGGUCAUGAAGAUGAUCAUGCCCGUGACUGCCAGCGAGAGUGGUAUCGCCCAGUUCAUGAAGCAGCCCGGACAGACCCUGUCUUCUGGCGAGUUGCUCGGUAUCUUGACCCUUGACGACCCCACCAAGGUCAAGUUUGCCAAGCCUUUCGAGGGUAUUCUUCCCACUUUCGAGCUCAAGCACGGCCGAUACGGCACCAAGCCACACCAGCGCUUGCGUGAGCACUUGGAGGUCCUUUACGACCAGCUUUCCGGUUUCGACAACAGUGCUUCUGUCGGUGCUUCUCUCCGAGUGGUCGAGUCUGUCCUCAGGGAUCCCGACCUCCCCUACUCGAACGUCCACGAGGUCAUGUCGACUCUCUCUGGCCGUAUUCCCCAGAAGCUCGAGGACGAGAUCCGAAGCAUCCUCGACUCUGGCCGUGCCAAGCAGCUCGAGUUCCCCAGUCUCAAGCUCCAGCGCACCAUCGACAACUUUAUCGAGGAGAAUGUGGCACCCAAGGAGAGGGCUCAGGUCGUCGCCGCCAUUGCUCCCCUCAAGGUCUUGAUCGACGCCUUCUUCCACGGGCUCAAGGUCCACGAGUGGAGGACUUGGGCCAACAUGCUCAACUUCUUUGCCGAUGUCGAGGAGCCCUUCGCCGAUUCUACCCGCACCCAGGAGAAUGUGGUGCUCAAGCUCCGAGAGGACAAUGACAACAUUGAUCAGGUCGUCAAGCUCGUGCUCUCGCACGGCAAGAUUGCUUCCAAGUCCAAGUUCCUCUUGACUUUGCUUGAUGUCAUCAAGUCCGAGUCUCCCCGUGCGUCUAUGACUCCUGAGAGCGGUGUCAACGAGGCUUUGAGCCGACUUGCGGCUCUCGACAGCCGACCUACUGCCAAGGUCGCCCUCAAGGCCAAGGAGGUUUUGAUCGUUGGAUCUCUCCCCAGUUACGAGGAGAGGUUGGGUCAGUUGGAGCACCUCCUCAAGUCUUCCAUCACCACCAACUACUAUGGCGAGAAGGGUUCCGGCCAGCGACUUCCUUCUGCCGACGUGCUUAAGGAGGUUACCGACUCUCGAUACACCGUCUUCGAUGUGCUUAGCACCUUCUUUGACCACGAGGACCCUUACGUCUCUCUUGCGGCCCUCGAGGUCUACGUUCGACGAGCGUACCGAGUCUACAAUGUCUUGAACCUCGACUAUGAACCUGGAGAGAAGGGUGGCGAGCCCCACAUUGUGACUUGGCGAUUCAAGCUCAGCGGCAACCAGGACGAGCCCCGUACUCCCCGAGUCGACUCUACCAAGGACUUUACUCGUAUCGCGAGCAUGUCUGACCUCAGCUACGUUGUCAGCACCAAGGCUGAGCCUAUCCGAUUCGGUCUCAUGACUUCUUACAACCACUUUGCCGACCUCGUCGAGGGCUUCCCCAAGCUCCUCGCUAGGUACCCCGCCUUCAGCUCCGUCGAGCACCAGGACAAGUUUGGCAAGGACGCUCGUCACCCCCACGUAAUGAACGUCGCCCUUCGUCUCUUCAACGGCGACCGCGAGACUUCCGACAAUGAGCUCAACGAGCGUGUCCACGCUCUCGCCAACCAGUACGCCGAGCAGAUCAGCAACAAGGGUAUUCGAAGAGUCAGCUUUGUCGUCUGCCGACAGGACCAGUACCCGUCGUACGUGACUUUGCGUCAGUCGAGUGAUGGUGUCUGGAAGGAGGAGGAGGCUAUCCGAAACAUUGAGCCCGCUCUUGCUUACCAGCUCGAGCUUGGACGACUCUCCAACUUCAAGAUCACUCCUCAGCCCUCGUCCAACCGACAGAUCCACGUCUACCACGCUGUCGGCCGUGAGAACACCUCCGAUGUGCGAUUCUUUGUCCGAGCUCUUCUUCGACCUGGUCGAUUCCAGGGCGAGAUGCAAGUCAAGGAGUACCUCAUCUCCGAGACUGACCGACUUGUCGGCGAUAUCCUCGAUACCCUCGAGGUUGUCAGCUCUCAGUACCGACAGAACGACUGCAACCACAUCAUGGUCAACUGCGUCUACAACCUCAACGUCACUUUUGACGACUUGCAGGAGGCUUUGGCUGGGUUCAUUGAGCGUCACGGUAAGAGGUUGUGGAGGCUCCGUGUCACUCAGGCCGAGAUCAGGGUUGUGAUUGAGGAUGGCGAGGGUAACGUUGUGCCUAUCCGAUCAUUCAUCGAGAACGUUUCCGGUUUCGUCGUCAAGUACGAGGCUUACCAGGAGGUCGACGAUGCCAAGGGCAGGCCUCUUCUCAAGUCUAUCGGCGACAGCGGACAGUUCCACCUCCAGCCCGUCAACUCUCCCUACACCACCAAGGAGUCUCUCCAGCCCCGACGAUACCAGGCUCAUGUCAUUGGUACCACCUACGUCUACGACUUCCCUGACCUGUUCCGACAGGCUGUUGACAAGGCUUGGCGCAACUUGCAGGCUGUCAUGCCCAACGUCAAGAUCCCCACUGAAUUGCUUUCCGCUGUCGAGUUGGUCUUUGACGAGCAAGGAGAACUUCAAGAGGUCAGCAGGGCUCCUGGAUUGAACACUUGCGGUAUGGUUGCUUGGGUUUACACUCUCAAGACUCCCGAGUACCCCAAGGGCCGACAGGUCGUUGUCAUCUCCAACGAUAUCACCUACCAGAUCGGUUCCUUCGGUCCUUCCGAAGACGAGUACUUCUAUAAGGCCACUCAGUACGCCCGAAAGCACGGUCUUCCCCGAAUCUACCUCUCUGCCAACUCUGGUGCCCGUAUCGGUCUUGCUGAGGAGGUGAUGGCCCUCUUUGACGUUUCUUGGCGCGAGCCUGGAAAGCCCGAGAAGGGCUUCGACUACCUGUACCUGACCGACGCCAACUUUGACAAGCUCAACGCUAUGGGUACUGGAAGCGUCAUCACUGACGAGAUUGAGGUCAACGGUGAGAGGAGGCACAAGAUUGCUUCCAUCAUUGGUCUCAAGGACGGUUUGGGUGUCGAGUGUUUGCGAGGCUCUGGUUUGAUUGCCGGUGAAACCUCGAGGGCCUACGACGACAUCUUCACCAUCUCCAUGGUCACUGCUCGAUCCGUCGGUAUCGGUGCCUACCUUGUCCGACUUGGUCAGCGAGUUGUCCAGGUCGAAGGCCAGCCCAUCAUCCUUACCGGUGCUCAAGCCAUCAACAAGGUGCUGGGUAAGGAGGUUUACACCAGUAACAUCCAGUUGGGUGGCCCUCAGAUCAUGUACAAGAACGGUAUCUCACACUUGACCGCUGCCAGCGACUUGGACGGUGCUUUGCAGAUCAUCAACUACUUGUCUUUCGUUCCUGAGCGAAAGUCUCGAGCUAUCCCUGUUCUCCCCACCGGUGACCACUGGGACCGUUCCGUCGAGUGGAAGCCCACCAAGGCUCCUUACGACCCUCGAAACUUCUUGGCUGGUUGCACUGAGGAGGUGGACGGCGUGCAGACUUGGAAGUCUGGUAUCUUGGACAAUGGCAGUUUCUUCGAGACUAUGGGCGGAUGGGCCCAGACCAUUGUCACUGGUCGAGGAAGGAUCAGCGGUAUCCCCGUUGCCGUCAUCGCCGCCGAGACCCGAUCUAUCGAGCGAGUGGACCCCGCCGACCCUGCCAACGAGAACUCUCAAGAGAGCCGAGUCUCACUUGCCGGUACCGUGUGGUUCCCCGACAGUUCCAGAAAGACUGCCACCGCCAUCGAGGAUGCCAACCGAGAGGAACUUCCUCUUGUUAUCUUUGCCAACUUCCGAGGUUUCUCUGGCGGUAUGUCCGACAUGGCCCAGGCUAUCUUAAAGGAGGGUGCCAAGAUCGUCGACGGACUCAGCAGCUACAAGCAGCCCGUCAUUGUCUACCUUGUCCCCAACGGAGAGCUGCGUGGUGGUGCUUGGGUCGUUCUCGACCCCUCGAUCAACCCCGAGCACAUGACCAUGUUUGUCGACAACGACUCUCGAGGUGGUGUCUUGGAGCCUGAGGGUAUUGUCGAGGUCAAGUACCGACGACCCAAGGUCCAGGCUACCAUGGCCCGAUUGGACGCAGAAUACGCGCGACUCAAGAAGGAGGCUGAAAACCCCAACGCCACUCCUGAAGAGAAGCUCGCCGCUACCGCCAAGUUGGAAGCUCGUGAGAAGCACCUUGCGCCCGCUUACCAGUCUAUUGCUAUCGAGUUUGCCGACCUUCACGACCGAAGCGGGCGAAUGAAGGCGAAGGCUGACUGCGAGCCUUGUGACUGGGAGAACUCUCGACGGGCGAUCUACUGGUCUUUGAGGAAGAAGUUGAACGAGAUUCGAGUCCUCAAGAAGCUCCAGAACGCCAACCCCGAGCUCAGCUACCCCGAAAGACAAGCCAUCCUCGACCAGCUUGUUCCCUUCGACGCUGCUUCUUCCGACAGCGAGAAGGCUGCGUUCAUUGAAAAGUCUUCAGACGUAAUUGAGGAGUAUGUGCAGAGAUUGCGAGACCAGUUCUGCUCAGAGACAAUGGUUUCUUGGGUUGGUACCAACCAGGACGGUGUCAUGUCUGGUUUCAAGAAGAUCCUUGAAGGUCUCUCUCCCGAGCAAAAGGCGCAGGUGUUGGCCGAGCUUGGCGUUUGAAUGGACAAGAAUGGGAAGAAGUGAUUGAAGGGGCGCCAGACGUUGAUACAAGGACUGAUCAGGGGCUCAGAAGUGGUAAUGUUUCCUUAACAUACAGUAGCAUUUGUACAUAUACCAAUUGGGAUUUUUCCGCAUGCCUCUCAGGGCAGUUCGAUAUUUUAUUACUUUCAUAGAUGCAAUUCCCUUACGACUAU